UUUUUUUUCUUUUCUUCCCCACAGUUACACUAUGUAUGUAUGUGUAUAUAUAUAUAUAUUUGCUUGAGUUUUUUUUUCUCUCUCUAAGUUCUCGCAUGCGUAUGACAGUGAUUGAUGAUCAUUACGCCUGCUGCUCCUUUCUCGGUUGCUAAAAUCAUAGCAAAAUACUUAUUACGAUGAUAACUUUGUAGAUAUAAAUUUUUAUUGGUUCGUUUUUUUCUUUCUCACUAUCAAGACUACUGUUAUUAAUAUAACUCAAAAUGUAAAAUGAUACGAUCGUAAUCGUAAUAUAAAAAAAAAAUAUCAAAAAUCUUUCUCUGUAAUUUUCACAUAUGAAAAGUGCUUGAAGCUAAAGAAAAAAGAAUAAAAGGAAGAGAUAGAUCAAUUUCUUGAUGUUUGAUCAUAAUUAUAGUUCAACUAUCAAAAAGAAGAAGAAGAAGAUAAGACCAAUCUUUCAUUUUUUUUUAUUUUCUUCUUUUAGUCAUCCAUUAUUUCCAUUACUGGCAUUAAUCUUUGAAAAAUGUGAAUUAGCGACUUGUACACCAAGGGAUUUAGGUGGACCAGGAGAUGUUUGUUCAUCUGAAUCAUUUAAUGACGAUAUUGCUGAAUUUACUAAACAGGUAAAAUUGAUAUAUGUUACAUGUCUUAUCAUCAAAAUGUAUUCAAGUUAA